CCAUUUGAAUUAUUGCGUUCAGGGAGUUUAUGCCUGAUAUGUGGGAGAGAAAAAAAACGGUCAAUUUGACUGUUUCGUAGAAGCUCUCAGGAAAAUUGUACUAAAUGGUUUAUUUGCGUAGAGUUUUGUAGCUUUACCAAACCAACAUAGCGGCUAGCCUAGCUAGCAUUAUUUCAUGGCAUCUUUCCAACUCACCUUAUUUGUUGUGAUAUCUACAGCGAUUCAGCAGUUCCAGCUAACAAGCUAGCUCAGGGUUAGCAUAACUAGCUAACUGACGUUCAGUAGGAAACAUAGCUACACACAGAUAGCUAGGUGAACGUGCCGGGUGCUUGCUAACUUCUCUCAUUUCGUGCGUCCUUGCGAUUUAAUCGAAAUAGUUUCUCUGACGAACUUUUUUCUAGUCAACAAACAAUGCAUUUCUACAACAAGACUAAUGUUUAUUCCAUGAAUUUGACAAGAAGAUAGCUAGCUAACUUUGCUGGCUAACACCGCCUGGCUAGCUUCAGCUUGCUCGUUUUUGGUAACGUUACUCUUUGUUUUGACAAAGGACUUGACAUUUUUUUCUUCCAUAUUUGGAAUAUACCUGAGACAUUUUGUAUUUCCUGGGCCAUGUCUCCCCAGAAGCACGGUUCUUCUGACGGCGGCAACAACGUAUCGGGUCCCGUUGUGGGAUACGUUGGUACCGGUGGCGGCAGAGCGAACGGCCGUGUCUACCACCACCAGACAACUGCAGCUGUGAUGCCCGCAGCCAAGAAGCCGAAAAUGGAACUGGUUCAAGCCGAUCAUGAGUUGUUCUUGCAGGCAUUUGAAAAACCGACCCAGAUCUACAGGUUUCUCAGAACAAGGAACUUGAUAGCGCCCAUAUUUCUGCACAGAAGCCUCACCUACAUGUCCCACAGAAACUCCAGAACCAACGGCACACGGAAGUCCUCCAGGGUGGAUCACCUGCUGUACAGAGUGGAGAAGAAGAGGGCUGAGCAGAAGGCACACAGCCUGGCUUCACACCUGCAACUCACCUUCACUGGGUUCUUUCAUAAAGUCGAGAAGUCAUCCGUAGCCUCAGAGAAUGAGCAGAACUCUGUUUCUCUAGAGGUGCUGCUGGUUAAAGUCUGUCACAAGAAGAGGAAGGAUGUGAGCUGUCCAGUGAAGCAGGUUCCUACAGGGAAGAAACAGGUGCCUCUGAACCCAGACAGCAGCAGUCCCAGCAGUCAGCCCAAGCCGGGCUCCUGUCCUUCUCUGGUGGUGUCCAGUAGUGAGUUUGAUGCCAGCAACGGCCACACGGUUAAGUCCUACUCCCUGUUGUUCAGAGUGUCUGGACCAGGCAGGACGCAGCACAGCGGACUGGUCAAUGGACCGACCAAUGAGAAUAUAGAGGAUGUGUGUAACAGGAAGAAGAGAAGCUCCACCGUCAGACAAGAAGAAGUUGGAGAAACGACGUUCGUAGCUCAGAUGACUGUGUUUGAUAAGAACAGGCGUCUGCAGUUGUUAGAUGGAGAGUAUGAGGUGUCUAUGCAGCAGAUGGUGGACUGUCCUGUCAACAAGAAGAGAGCCACCUGGGAAACGAACCUGGAUGGAAAGCUCCUCCCUCCGUUUGAGACGUUCUCCAAGGGUCCUACUCUCCAGUUCACACUGCGUUGGACAGGCGAGCCCAGUGAUAGGUCGACGGCCCCUGUGGCCAAACCCCUCGCCACGCGGAACGCUGACGCUAGCAGCCUGACCUCUGACCCUAAGCCCUGCUCCCUCAGACCCACUCAGACCGUAGCUGUGAAAGACUCCUUCAGCAGUUCAGAGUUUCAGAUGAAACAAGAACACACACUUGAGGAACCAAGUGACAAUCUACGCAUAUUCUACCAGUUCCUGUAUAACCACAACACACAGCAGCAGACCGAGGCUAGAGAUGACCUCCACUGUCCCUGGUGCACUCUGAACUGUAGGAGACUCUACAGUCUCCUCAAACACCUCAAACUGGCCCACAGCAGAUUCAUCUUCAACUACGUGCCCCACCCUAAAGGAGCGAGGAUAGACGUGUCUAUUAAUGAGCGUUACGACGGGGUGCACGCUGGGAAUCCUCGGGAUAUUCACAGUCAGCCCGGCUUCGCCUUCAGCAGGAACGGACCCGUCAAGAGAUCCCCCGUCACGCACAUCCUCGUCUGCAGACCAAAGCGUCUCCUCCCCCCCAGUCUGUGUGAGUUCCUGGAGGCUGAUGGAGGAGAGGGAGACCAGCAGAGAAUCAUCCCUGGUCACAACCGCCUCUACUUCCGCUCAGACAGCUGUACCCCCAAAACACCCCAGGAGGUAGAUCACGACAGUGAGGAUGAGACGGACCCCUUCUGGCUCCGAGAGAGGACCAUCAUGCAAAUCCAGGAGUUUACAGACGUGAACGAUGGGGAGAAGGAGGUGAUGAAGCUAUGGAACCUUCACGUUAUGAAGUAUGGCUACAUAGCAGAUAACCAGAUGAACGGAGCCUGUCUGGCGUUUGUGGAAGGUUGCGGAGCAUACAUUGCCAGGAAGAACCUCUGUAGGAACUUCCUGUUACACCUGGUCAGCAUGCAUGACUUUAAACUGGUUACCACGACAACCAUCAACCAGGCCAUGACACGCCUCCGACACAUCCAGCAGACCCAGCGGCAGGAAGAUGGAGAGGGGGAUGGAGGAGAGUAUUGGGUGACAGCGCUGGAGUCUCCGUCUGAGCUGCAACCCGACUAUGCCACAUGUAAUGACGACCACACGGAUGGUAAGAGUAACCAUGGUAAUGGCCGCACGAAUGGAAUCGUCAUCGGCGAUGGCGAUGAAGCUGGUAGUUCUGUUGCUGUGGAAACGUCCAGGCCGAGCAAGAGGCAUAAGUUGUGAGGUACCCUCCGGCCCUCUCCUGGAGGAGUGAUGAGUAUCUAAAAUGAUGCCCGGUGAUUGGCUGAGUGGAGGGUGUGUUGGUGGUGAUUGGAGGGAAUAAUAAGAGAGACUCAUGACGACAGCAUUCCAAACAAGCACUGGGUGUUGGGUUUACCGUAUAGAGGUGGUGGGCCAGAAUCAUUUAAGUCAAUUUGGACACACACACACACACACACACACACACACACACACACACACACACACACACACACACACACACAGAGUCCCACUGGUUAUAGUAGGGAAACCUUGGUCUGGUUAUUCAGUCUUGCUUUGAUGUCAUUAGACUGAUGUUACAGUGACCAUGAGGUCUGUAAACGCAUCACUUUAGCAAUAACUUAGUCCCAACUGGCACCAUAUUCCUUUAUACUAGUGUGCACUACUUUUUUUACCAGGCCCUGCUAUAGACUAGGGGGUGCACUUGUACAUCAAGCUGUCUGCUAUAGAUUAGCAUUCUGUCCAGGGGAUGUACUUGUACAUCAAGCUGUCUGCUAUAGACUAGCAUUCUGUCCAGGGGGUGUACUUGUACAUCAAGCUGUCUGUUGUAGACUAGUAUUCUGUCCAGGAGGUGUACUUGUACAUCAAGCUGUCUGCUAUAGACUAGCAUUCUGUCCAGAGGGUGUACUUGUACAUCAAGCUGUCUGUUAUAGACUAGCAUUCUGUCCAGGGGGUGUACUUGUACAUCAAGCUGUCUGCUAUAGACUAGGGGAUGUACUUGUACAUCAAGCUGUCUGCUAUAGAUUAGCAUUCUGUCCAGGAGGUGUACUUGUACAUCAAGCUGUCUGCUAUAGACUAGCAUUCUGUCCAGGGGAUGUACUUGUACAUCAAGCUGUCUGCUAUAGACUAGCAUUCUGUCCAGGAGGUGUACUUGUACAUCAAGCUGUCUGCUAUAGACUAGGGGAUGUAGUUUAACAUCAAGCUGUCUGUUAUAGACUAGCAUUCUGUCCAGGAGGUGUACUUGUACAUCAAGCUGUCUGCUAUAGACUAGCAUUCUGUCCAGGGGAUGUACUUGUACAUCAAGCUGUCUGCUAUAGACAUUCAUUCUGUCCAGGAGGUGUACUUGUUCAUCAAGCUGUCUGCUAUAGACUAGCAUUCUGUCCAGGAGUGGUACUUGUACAUCAAGCUGUCUGCUAUAGACUAGCAUUCUGUCCAGGGGAUGUACUUGUACAUCAAGCUGUCUGCUAUAGACUAGCAUUCUGUCCAGGAGGUGUACUUGUACAUCAAGCUGUCUGCUAUAGACUAGCAUUCUGUCCAGGAGGUGUACUUGUACAUCAAGCUGCCUCACUACAGGAGCAGGAGGUGGGCUCCUGCCCUCUGGUCCGUUUUGGCUGUUACAAGGCUUUAGUACUCUAGGCCGAGGCCCAUAGGGUCCCUAUAUAUAUAGAUCAGUGGUUCCCAAACUGUUUCACUCAGGUCCCUCUUCCAGCAUUGGGGAACAUCCAUUUCUAUGGGCACAAGCACUGUUCAUGACCCAAACGGUUCACACCCCUAAAAUGUUGCAGAUUUUAAAGCUUAUUUCCUUGCAAUUCUAUACAUUUUGUCAUGUCUAAUGUGUUUUCUUGUGAUAUUUGAGUGACAAAAAAAUGAAUGUCUAUGGGCUAAAAAAAACAACCGUUAGCUGACGUGGGCUGGACAUUUCUGACAAGUUAUAUCUAAGUAAUGUAAUGACUGACAUGACGAAGAGGAACUGAUGAUGCAAUAACCUGUUUCCACACGUCGCCUUGUGUGUUCUACUAUUACAACUUUCAAGAGUCAGUUGAAAGCUGGACUGAGUUCCCCCUAGGGGGCCGCGCCCCACAGUUUGGGAACCGCUGAUAUAUGGAAUAGGAUACCAUCAGUAGUGUGUCCAUCCUCACUGGUUCAUCAGUACUGUGUCCAUCCUCACUUGUCCAACCUACUUUAGCCCCUGUCUUGUCUCAGGUGCCUGUUUGAGACAGACUUGGGUGUCUGUGCACUAGACAGGAAAUAGGGUGUCAUUUGGGAUAUUUGCUUUGGGACAAACUCAUUUAAAAAAAAUAUAUAUAUAUAUAGAGACGAACCGAAAAGACUUGGGUCGUCUUCACUUGGGAUGGACUACCUGAACAAUAUAAAUGUUUUCGUUUGCUAGACGUUUUUGCUACAGUGUGCACUAAUGAAUACAACCCUGAUGACGGACAGACUCUGCUGUAUUGUAUUGUUGUUUCUUUACAAGGGGAAUGGUUGGUUGUAUGAUGAUGCAUUCUGAAUUUGAGCAUUUUAUUGUUAUGUUUAUUACUAUGGGGGCCAUUUUGAGACUAAACUUGAGGGACUGAAGUCCAGCUCUUGGAAACAGUGUUGGACUAGAAGGUGUCUGGCUCAGGGUAGAAACAUCACUUUGCCCUCCCCCCCCAUCCUAAACUAAAUGUGUAUUGCUGUCAGACCUCUGUUUAAAUACUAUUUGGAGUCUUUAACGUUUGCUCUAGCCUGCCUGGAGUGCUAGAUGGGAGGGGAGUUGCAGUUUUGGGACUAGUCUUUUAGGUCCAUUUAAGCCAGGCAAGCUCAAUCAAGCACUGAUCAAGUAUUUGAACUCCGUUCUGGUUAGCACUCAAGUCAGUCACAGGAUCCAAUGGUGCCACUAGACAGAUGAUUCAGGCCCUCAGUGAGCACAGAGUAUUUAAACUCAGGUCUGGUUAGCACUCAAGUCAGUCAGGAUCCAAUGGUGCUACUAGACAGAUGAUUCAAGCCCUCAGCGAGCACAGAUCUCAGUCAUCUGUAACCUUUUUGAGGUUGUCAGGUCAUUAGGUCAAGGUUCAGUUACACUGCAUGACCACAUUCAUCAUCAAGCUGAAACCGUGCAGCACCCGCAUCCACUCACUGCUUUUGACCAGUGUCCCGAAUGGUUCCCUAUCUGGUAUACUACUUUUGACCAGGGUCCACAGGGUAGUGCACUACUUAUAGUGAAUAAGGUGCCAUUUGGGACGUACUCUUACUAUGUUGGAGUAAUUUGGGCACGGUCAGUGUUGACGUCUUCAGAAAGGUGACAUGUUGAUCUGCUGGACAUCAACAUUACAGUGGAGAGUUAAAUGUUGUUGAGUUUCCUGGCCAAAGGGAGUUGGAUCUGCUGGACAUCAACAUUACAGUGGAGAGUUAAAUGUUGUUGGGUUUCCUGGCCAAAGGGAGUUGGAUCUGCUGGACAUCAACAUUACAGUGGAGAGUUAAAUGUUGUUGGGUUUCCUGGCCAAAGGGAGUUGGAUCUGCUGGACAUCAACAUUACAGUGGAGAGUUAAAUGUUGUUGGGUUUCCUGGCCAAAGGGAGUUGGAUCUGCUGGACAUCAACAUUACAGUGGAGAGUUAAAUGUUGUUGGGUUUCCUGGCCAAAGGGAGUUGGAUCUGCUGGACAUCAACAUUACAGUGGAGAGUUAAAUGUUGUUGGGUUUCCUGGCCAAAGGGAGUUGGAUCUGCUGGACAUCAACAUUACAGUGGAGAGUUAAAUGUUGUUGGGUUUCCUGGCCAAAGGGAGUUGGAUCUGCUGGAGAU